CAUCUUCAGACUCCAGUAGAAAACCAAAACUCAGGUCGACGAAUUCUUCCAAAAUACGUUAGAAAUCAGAAACAAAAGCCUCUUUAAAUCCAGAACCAGUAACUACCGUAAUCUAUAAUUCGGAUCGUCGGAAAUCCACCGGCCUUAACGAAUUCCAUCAUCGUGGCUCCAUCAAGCCAGCAAUCCCAGUCUCUCUCCCGGAGAAAAAGCUCCCAAACUUCUAAUUCUUCUUCAGAUAAACCUUCUUCUUCUUCUUCUCGGAUAAGGAUCGUUCACCGGGAGAAAUUUCCCUCUAGUUCAGGGGAAGAUUAUCCAUUUUGGCAGAAAACUUGGUUCAUACUCCUUUUGCUUUUUAUGGCGUUGUGUUUCUUUGCCCUUGCUAUUUUUCUAUUUCUCUCGCUUGAUUCCGAUUUCUAUGCUUCUUCUGUCUCCGCUGCUUCUAAAAAUGAUGGCGUUGAGGUUACAUAUGGGUCAGUCGUCAAAUUGAUGCAUGAGCGGACUAAGUUUAGGCUGCACUCACAUGAUGUACCUUAUGGUUCUGGAAGUGGCCAGCAAUCUGUUACAGGUUUUCCUAAUGUUGAUGAUGCUAAUAGCUACUGGGUUGUAAAGCCUAUUCCUGACACGUCUGUAAAGCAAGGGGACACUAUUAAAAGUGGAACGAUUAUCCGCUUACAACACAUGAAGACUCGUAAAUGGUUACACAGUCACUUGCAUGCAUCUCCUAUCUCAGGAAACUUAGAGGUAAGCUGUUUUGGAGGAGAUACAACCUCAGAUACUGGUGAUCACUGGAAGCUUGAGAUUGAGGGAAAAGGGAAAAUCUGGAGGCAAGAUCAGAAGGUCAGGCUUCAACAUGUCGACACCAAAGGGUAUCUGCACAGUCAUGACAAGAAAUACCAACGUAUAGCUGGUGGUCAGCAGGAGGUUUGUGGUGUCAAAGAGAAGGGCCGAGACAACAUUUGGCUGGCAGCAGAGGGUGUUUACCUUCCAUCUAACGAUGGAAAGACCGAGUCAUCUUAGUUUCCUUCACGGAAUUAACCUCAGAUUUAUUCUUAGUAUCUAAUUGUACUGAUGCCCUGAAUCGAAUUUUGAGUUAGUUGUAGCAUAAAUCUUCUUUGUUUGUUGUAUUGGAAGUAUAGAUAAGUUGGAUCAGUGAUUCAUAUCAGAGAAGCCAAAUUAGACAUUAGACCUAUCUAUGAAUGCUCAUCCAAAUUUCGGAUAUUCCUUCAAGUGGCAAACUUAUACUUCUUCUGGUUUUC